AUGCGAGAGCUGUGUGGAACUGCUCUUUGUGAGAGGGGCUGGGAAUUGCCAGGAGUGCGAUACCCCCCUGCGGAAGAGUAACUUCAGGGUACAGCUCUUUGAGGAUCCUGCUGUUGACAAGGAAGUGGAAAUUCGGAAGAAAGUGCUGAAAAUAUACAACAAAAGAGAGGAUGACUUUCCCAGUCUAAGUGAAUAUAAUGAUUUCCUGGAAGAAAUAGAAGAAAUUGUAUUUAACUUGACCAACAAUGUGGAUUUGGAGAACACCAAAAGGAAAAUGGAGCUCUACCAGAAGGAUAACAAAGAAGUCAUUCAGAAGAAUAAGAUAAAACUGACACGGGAGCAGGAAGAGCUGGAGGAAGCGUUAGAGGUAGAGCGACAGGAAAACGAACAAAGGCGACUGCUCAUACAGAAAGAAGAACAACUACAACAGAUGAUAAAAAGGAAGAAUAAGCAGGCACUCUUGGAUGAUCUGGAGAGUUCCAGUCUUCCUGCUUCACUGCUUUUAGCUCAGCAUAAGGACAGAUCUACUCAGCUAGAAGUGCAAGUGGAAAAACCCAAACCUGUCAAACCAGUCACGUUUUCCACUGGCAUCAAAAUG